AUGUCUAAGCCAGGUUCUUGUGUUGAUUGUACUGGUUGUUCCAAUCAUACUGACCAAACUUUGCAUUUCAUAGUUGAAUGGGAAGACGAAGGCAAGGUCGCAGUCAUCAAGAAAGUCCAGUCCUUGCACAACCCGAGUAAUGUGAACGAAAUGCCCCUGAAAAGCCGCUCAACGCUCCUCCCAGUCCCAUCUCUCGAAUCACUUCAGAGGACUUUCAGCAGCGCUCACUCCUCGCUGGAAGACAAGCAGUCGCAAUCCCGAACUCGACAAUUUCCGCUUUCUCAACUGGAUUGGCUACAACACGAUAAUAUAUGCGACGUGCGUGUCCUGGCAUCCUGCCAACAACUCGUCCUCAGCUCCAGUCAAAUUCAAUUUCAGAUGCGUUUCAAGCCACAGAGGCUUUCUGCGCAUAUUGUCCUGGGAUUAGCCGUCCAGGUGGGCAAGAACCCUGGUGAUAUGAUACAACCAGUCAAUGGAAGAAGCGAUUCGGGAGACUUUCAUCAUGAAAUUAGUGCUGCAUUGAUUUCUGGAGACGAUAUACAGGUAGAGUGGAAGGAUGAAAUAAUGUGCUUUGAUGACAUUUUCGAUCGAAAAGCAGAUACACUCGUGCUGGAUUAUGUCCUGGAGCAACUGUGGAGGACCUUUCUUAUCAUGUUCUUUUUAGCUUGGUGCUUUUUGUCUUUCUAUUAUGUCAUCGAAAUUGUAUUGUAA